AUGAGUAACCAUCAAAAUAAACAAAUUCGUACAAACAUAAUUUGUGAUAAUCAACAAAAUCCUUAUACAACAGCUCAGUCUCGAGUUUAUUUCAACUCUCAUAUUCCAUCUCCAAUUUCAUCCAAUCUUCGUCCUUGCGAUUCACCUGCAUCGUCUCCUCUUCGUCGUUCACAUGCUGAACAAGAUGAUGACGAUGACUUUACAUUAGUUACUAAUAAGAAACGUCGAAAUAAUGAUAAAAAUGUUAUUAGUGAAUAUGACCAAGACAAAGAAUUGUUGAAUAAUUAUUAUCCUAAUGUUUAUAAACAACACCAACAUCGUUCUUUCAGAUUUGUUACUGCUCCCUCAACUUCAAAUCCAUAUUCAAAUCAGCAAAAUCAAGCUUUUGAUCAACAACAAAUAACAAUGGAAGCCGCUCUCUAUGCUCAAGCGCGGCUUCCAUUUCCCCCUUUCAUUAUUCGUUUCUCGUCUGGUAAUAUUUUAGAAAAUGGAGGUGCUCAAGAAAUAAAAAGUUAUUUGAAAGAUAACUUUCAAACAGACAUUUGUAUUGCUAAUAUUC